AUGAAUGCUGCAACAAACAUUGCUAGAGGAGCAAGACGACUGGCAUCGGCUUUCAUCCCACAGAGGAAUCCUCCAGAUCAAAAUUUCUUAGAUGCAGAUGUACCUAGCAUCAAUGUGCCGACUCUUCAACCUGUCCUUAUCCCUACAACCAGGGACAAGGUUAAACAAAAAGUAAAUAAAUCGAUCAAAGCUGCUGUAGAUUGGGUUGAAUGGCUGCAUGAUGCAGACAGAGAAGUUGUUAAGAAGGCCCCAUCGAAAUUAAAAGCCUUGAAGGAAAAAGUAGAUGCUUUAUUCAGAAAGCAGCAGAUGUUUGAAAUCAGAGAGACAAGAUCUGCUCUGAGGAAAUUUACGACUCAAUAUACCAUAGAUGGCAGAGAGGGGUUUGAUGCUCAAUCGUUUCUCAACACAGCCCGACAAAAUGUAGUUAACCUCUUGAGAGGAAUCCGAGGCACUAAGGUAAAGCUAAUUCUUAGAUGUAACAUGGAAAAAGUGAACCUUGUUAGUGCCUCGGAAACAAUCGUAGAGCCUGCAGCCUUUCACUCUAAUGUCGAGAUUAACCUCGAGGGAACAGAUGCAGAUGAGCUGUAUGAUGCAAUGGUAGAUAGAGUCAUGGAGGCCAUGGCGACAUUCCAGUUGCGAGGCAGCAACUGGACAUUUAAAUCUAUCAUUGCCAUUGAAAUUCAUACAGUUGCUUAUGAACCGUUGAGGGGGAGCUCUUACAUCCCUACUCCGGAGGCCCUUGCACAUCCUAAGAAGGGAGUGAUCAAUGUCAAAAAUGAUGACAACAGAUGCUUCCUCUGGGCACUGGCUCGAGCAUUACAUCCCGUAGAACGUGAUGCUUGCCGCAUAACUAAGAUGCUCAGAAUGCAAGCAGAAAAACUCAACAUGGACGGUAUUGAUUACCCAGUUAGUCUUAAGACAAUAGAUCAUGUCGAGAAGCAAAACCCAGACAUAUCUAUUAAUGUCUUUGGCUAUGAAACUAGUGUUUACCCCCUCCGAAUAAGCAAACACGUUGAUAGGGUAACAAUAAACCUUUUAUUGAUCUCUGAUGGGGAAAAGCAGCAUUACUGCGUCAUCAAAGACAUGAGCCGUUUGUUGUCCAGCCAAACCGGAAACCACCAACACAAAAAUUAUUACUGUCUCAGAUGUUUGAACCCCUUCUACUCACAGGAAUCGUUGAAUAAGCACAUGGAAUACUGUUAUUCAAACGAGGCCGUCAAGAUAGAGAUGCCAGAAGAGGGCUCGACCAUUUCGUUUGGGCACAUACACAAGUCCAUGAGAGUGCCGUUCACAGUGUAUGCUGACUUUGAAUCUUUCAUCAAACCCGUAGAUACGUGUGAACCGUGUCCGGGAAAGAGCUACACGAAGAAAUACCAGAAACACACCCCAUCGAGCUUUUGUUACUACAUCAAAUGCUUUGAUGAUGGUGUCUUCUCUAAAGAUCCGGUUACCUACACCGCGAAAACUGACGACGAAGAUGUCUCCCAAAUAUUCGUAGAAAUGUUGGAGAAAGACAUCAAAGAAAUUGGCAAAAUUCCGGCGAAACCAAUGAUUUUUGGGGAAAAUGACCGCAAACAAUUCCAAAAGGCGACAAAGUGCUGGAUCUGCCAAGGUGAGUUCAGUAAGGAUGACAAGAAGGUGAGAGAUCACUGUCACUUUACUGGGAAAUACCGAGGUGCAGCUCACAAUAGUUGUAACUUGCAGUACAAGAAGCCGAAGUUCACUCCCGUGGUGUUCCACAAUCUGAGCGGCUAUGACAGUCAUCUGUUCGUCAAGAACCUCGGUAAAACUGAGGGGAACAUCAACUGCAUCCCGAACAACGAGGAAAAGUACAUCAGCUUCACCAAGGAGGUUGUUGUCGGUUCUUAUACUGGCAAGGACGGGAAAGAGAAGGAUGUUAAGCACCAACUCAGAUUCAUCGACAGCUUCAAGUUCAUGGCCUCUAGCCUGGAUAAGCUGUCCGGUAAUCUGGAUCAGGACUGCUUCACUAACACUUCGAAGUACUAUAACGGAAAACAUCUAGACUUACUAAUGAGAAAGGGUGUCUACCCAUAUGAAUAUAUGGAUUCACUCAAAAGACUAGAUGAAACAGCCCUUCCACGAAAAGUAGCGUUCUACUCCAGACUCAGUGGAGAAGAGAUUAGUGACGAUGACUAUGAGCAUGCACAAACUGUGUGGAAAGAGUUUGGCAUGAAGUCACUCAGGGACUACCACGAACUGUACAACCAGUCGGACGUGUUGCUCUUGGCAGAUGUCUUCGAGAACUUUAGAGACGUCUGCAUCAAGAACUACGAUCUUGACCCUGCCUGGUAUUAUACAGCGCCUGGACUAGCAUGGGACGCUGCCUUGAAAAUCACCGAAGUGAAGUUGGAGCUGUUAUCAGAUCCAGACAUGUUGCUCAUGGUGGAGAAAGGUAUCAGAGGCGGGAUAUCGAUGAUCAGCAACAGAUAUGGCAAAGCAAACAACCCAUACAUGGGUGAAACAUUCAACCCCCAUGAUCCUGCGAAGUAUAUUGCCUAUUUGGAUGCCAACAAUCUCUAUGGUUGGGCCAUGAGCAAACCGCUCCCUACACACGGAUUCGGGUGGAUGACAGACAGUGAACUGGACUCUUGGAAGAACCACAGCUGUAUACUGGAGGUUGACCUUGAAUAUCCAAAGGAUCUGCAUGAUCUCCACAAUGACUAUCCGCUCGCUCCAGAAAGUCUCAAAGUCCAUAAUGUGGAAAAGCUUAUUCCCAAUCUCAAUGACAAAACUAACUAUGUCAUUCACUACGAGAACCUCAAACUAUACGAGGGCUUGGGAAUGAAGAUUACAAAGAUCCACAGGGGCAUCAGGUUCGAGGAAAGUGCAUGGUUGAAGCAAUACAUCGACCUGAACACCAAUCUCCGAGCAGAGGCAAACAAUGAGUUUGAAAAGGACUUUUUCAAGCUCAUGAACAACUCUGUUUUCGGAAAGACUAUGGAGAACAUUAGGAGCCGAGUGGAUAUCCGACUAGUCAACGACGAGACAAAAGCGAAGAAGUUGGCAGCAAAACCCAAUUUUAAACAUUGCACCAUCUUCGACGAGAACCUGGUUGCCGUACAUAUGAAAAAGACGAAACUGAAGUUCAACAAGCCCGUUUAUCUCGGGAUGUGCAUCCUCGAUCUGAGCAAGACGUUGAUGUACGACUUCCAUUACAACUACAUGAAGACAAAGUACGGAGAAAAGGCAAAACUCCUGUUUACCGAUACCGAUUCCUUGGCAUACGAAAUCCAGACGGAAGACUUUUACAAGGACAUCUCUGGUGACGUGGCAGCCAAGUUUGACACCAGCAACUUCCCAAAGGAUCACCCAUCGGGCAUCGAAGUCGGUCGUAACAAGAAAGUGGUGGGGAUGUUCAAGGACGAGGCAGGAGGUAAGAUCAUCCGAGAAUUCGUGGGGUUGAGAGCUAAGUUGUACAGUUACAAGUUGCUUGAGGGGUAUGAGGAGAAGAAGUGUAAGGGGGUGAAAAGGUCCGUUGUCAGAAAGAGUAUUUCGUUUGAGGAUUACAAGAAAUGUUUGUUUACGGGUGAGGAUCAGUUGAGAAAGAUGAACGUCAUCAGGAGCCACUGUCAUGAUGUGUACACCGAAGAAAUUAACAAAAUAGCUCUUUCGGCAAAUGACGACAAGCGAAUCAUCCUCCAGGAUGGGAUGCGCACACUAGCCCACGGACACUUUAAACUUUAA